GCCUGUGUUGAGUGUGGUACAUCUACAAAUCUUAGUCCACAAUACCGUCUCAUAUAAACUCAGUGUGGGAUUGCCUUUAUGCACAAAAACCAAUAAUGUGAGAACCCGAUGCAGACGUCGUAUCAUGGCCGUUUAAUAGUAUCAACUGCUACUUUUUAUUUGUGUCAUACAUUUUUUAACAGGCCGUGAAAUCAUCGAUUUAGACUAAACCCACGGAUACCUGGAUUGAGAUGCAGCAAUGUCCCGAAGAAUAUGCCCACGCGUGAAUUUCUGGUGGAUGUUUUCAGUUCUAUUUCUGGUGAAAGCAGUGGAUGUUGGGGCAUACAGCUGUCAUGAGGUGAAGACCGCUUUCCAGGUGCGACAGAUCGGCCCACUGAAGUGGGUACCGGAGACUCCUGGGACAGAUGUGGAGCUGUUGGUGUGUAAGCACCAGGGCCCGUCCUGCUGCACCCGCAAGAUGGAGGAGAGCUACCAGGUGGCGGUGAGACGAGAGACCCUCCAGGAUGUCCGCUCCUACAGCUUCGAGCUGAAGUACCUCAUCUCCGGCCAUGCUACCGCCUUCCAGGACACCUUCCAGUACCUGCUCUCCUUCUCCCAGGGCCACCUCUCCUCCCUGCUGGAAGACACCUACUCUCCCCUCUCCCGCGAAGCCCUCCCUCAUGUCAACGCCCUCUUCUCUUCCCUCUCCCUCUACAUCCGCGGACACAACCUCUCCCUCGAGGCCGCCAUCACACGUUUCUACGACAACCUCUUCCCACUCGUCUAUGUACGCUUGAUCAACCCCGGCAUGGGCGCGGCGGGCAAGACGGGCGAGUGUCUCCGCGCGACCCGGCAAGACGUCAACCCGUUUGGCCCUCACCCCGAUACGCUCGCCCAAGAACUCAGGAGCGCCCUGGGCGCCGGGCGAGCCCUAUCCCUCGCCCUCGCCGAAGGCACCGAGGUCAUGAACGCCACAGAACACGUUUCCCUCACCAAAGAGUGUUUACGGGGCUUGACCAAGAUGCAGUACUGCUCGCACUGUCGCGGGCUGACGCUGAUCAAGCCGUGCAUGGGCUACUGCUUGAACGUGAUGCGCGGUUGCUUGGCGAGCGUGGCCGAGCUGGAUGGGCCAUGGCGGAGGUAUGUGGCGGCACUGGAGGAGCUGACCCACGCUGUGGCUGGACAACACAGCCUGGAGCUGGCCCUGCUGGGGGUCAGGGGGCACGUGAACGAGGCUAUACUCCAUGCACAGCUCCACGGGCCAACACUGACCGCUACGGUGGAUAAAGUAUGUGGUCUGUCUGGUAAGGAGCCCACCACCAGCGUCCACCCUGACUCCAUCCCAGAGGUCACGACCCUCAUGGUGACAUCAUCAACCGCCCCUCCCUCUGUCGUCCCCUCCAUUCCCCCACAGGAACAGCUGAUGGGAAACCUGGCCCACCUGAGGAGUUCAUUCACCCUGAAACACUCCAGGAAUGAUAAACCUAGAAGUCUGAAAAAGAUCUCUAGGGAGUUUCUGAGCUGCGUCCAGCGAUACAAGUUGUUCUUCGCGGUGUUGCCGGAGAUGCUGUGUGAAGGAGAGACGGUGGUGGAGGACUUUACCUGCUGGAGCGGAGACGACGUGGUGGAGAGUUAUACAGGCAGAGUGGUGGGUAACGGUCUCCAGGCCCAGAAGCAGAACCCAGAGGUCAAAGUUCGCAGCCCUAACCCCGAACUGGCCGAGGUCAAGGAGAGGCUGGAGCGCUUCAACCAGGAGAUCCAGGACAUGCUGCCGGGGCUGGGCCAGAGAGAGUCCUGGGGGGAGCUGGGUAGCGGAGACACAGAGGACGGUAGUGGAGACUGCGACGAUGAGGACGGGUGUCAAGGGUCUGGAACGGGGGCAGUCAAGACCUUCACUGAUGGUCGACCAGGGGGGUCCAACAAUGAUAAGCCUGUAGGCAGUAACCCAGAAGGUCGUGCUCCCCCGGUGGUGAGGGUGAGAGGUGCAGGGUGCCCCCCUGCCUGCCUGUCUCCACCCAUGGCCCUCACCUUGCUCCUGGCCACUCUGGCUCUACAGUGGCAACUGCUCUGAAAACACAGCAUAAUGCCCCUAUUGGCCUGGCCCCCUCUACACACACAGUACAGACUAA